AUGGAUGGCAACCGCCUGAGCCGUUGCAUCCUCUACAUCAUGUUGAGCUGGAUCUUCUGUGACGAAUGUACCUUUGAACUGUGCCACCGGGCGACAUUCAGGGCCUUGCCCACGACCGCGGUCGAGGCGGAGCAGAUCCAAAGGUUCCUGAAUGAGCGCUUCGCCGGCCGAGCCGUUAGCUGGACUCAGGUCUGUCAGCAGAUGGAUCAUCUUCGCGAGCUGGUUACGAGUCGUCAGAAUGUGCAGAGCCAUACCCACCCAUGGACCCGACAUUUCAAUUGGCUGAUGAAUGCGGCCAUUCUCUACGUCGGCGCGGUCGCACAACCCGUCACGAGGGCGUUUUUGGAGCCCCGUGCCCUCCCAGUGAAUGCAAUGCUCCGAUUCCUGUCUCGACGGUUCCAUGUCCAGCUCACCGUCCAGGACCUCGAGCACCAUAUCACCCGAUGGGUAAUUGUGCUCUGUGGCUCUGCUGGAGAGGUGCAAGAGAACCUUCCUCCCACCGCGGCCAGGGUGGGGCAGACCAUGGCCAAGUAUCUGGCGGUACCCUUGUCUCCCUUGGCACCGAAUAUCUCAACGCAACUGUGUGACCAGUACAGGCAGUUCCACGAAGAGGUGGUGCAGUGGUAUCCGCCUCGCGUGUGGGGGAACCGCAUCACUCCUAUGUCUCCAUACGAGGCCAGCACCGAUAUCCCUCCCAACCUCGACGUCUACACACAGGACCACACACCCGCUGGGCUCAUUGUGAGACAGUUUGUACCUGAAGAACACAAGCAACAUGACAUGCCGGUCGUCGUCUGGUUCGCUGGAGGAGGAUGGAUGCUCGGAGACAUCGAGGGAGAUAACAAUGUCCUCAGUCAUAUUUCAGCUAUAUUCAGCGGUGAAUACCGGCGCAAACCGUUUCCCACGCCGCACAAUGACGCCUUGGAGAUAGCGAACUGGGUUCGGCACGAAGUGGGAGAAAGGGAUGUGAUUCUUGCCGGCGUGUCAUCGGGCGGGAACUUGGCCGCGGCGACCGCAUUGCAAUGGGCUGCGGCAAAAAGGCCUCCGGCGGGGUUGCUCCUCGUCGCUCCCAGCUUGGACAACUCGACGGAUUGCGAGCAAAGAUGGCAGCGAAACUGGGACGCCCCCUGGCUGACUCCCGAGACCAUGCGCUUCUUCCAGGACCGCUGUUUCCAGGGACCCGGAGAAAGGUCGACGGCCAAUUGGAGGGCCAGCCCGAUCUACGCCAGCCAGCAGAUGAUAGACGCUGCGCGCGCCUUCCCCACAAAGGUCGUCGCCAUGGGCGGAGACAUCUUGUUUCAAGAAAGCGUAGAUUUCGUGGCCCGCCUGCGGUUGGCGGGCUGUGACACCGCGCUCAGCGUCUUCCCGUACGGCCACACGGGCCUACUGAUGCAGGGCAUCGUGGGGACCGCCUUGAUCGAAGAGAUGAUCUACUGGAUCAAACAGCGAGCCAGGCGUUCUCCCAUGGACGAAGCUGCGUGA